GGCACGAUUGAGUGCGAUUACUCUUUUCUUCUGGCUUUUGGGUAGAUCUCUCGCCGGAUUUCCAAACCAGAUAAAUAUAGGUGGGCUCUUCAUGCGCUCGACGGUGCAAGAACACAGCGCAUUCAGAUUUGCUGUGCAGCUCUACAACACCAACCAGAACAUGAGCGAGAAGCCCUUCCAUUUGAACUACAACGUGGAUAACCUGGAGUCCUCUAACAGCUUCUCCGUCACUCAUGCCUUCUGCUCUCAGUUCUCCAGAGGAGUCUAUGCCAUCUUCGGCUUCUAUGACAAGAAGUCCAUGAACACGCUGACCUCCUUCUGUGGUGCCCUCCACACUUCCUUCAUCACGCCCAGUUAUCCAAUCGACUCAGACGUCCAGUUCGUCAUCCAGAUGCGCCCGCCCCUAAAGGGGGCUGUCCUUAGUCUCCUGACCUAUUAUAGGUGGGAGAAGUUUGUGUACCUCUACGAUACAGAUAGAGGUAAGUGUUUCUUCUUAACCUCUCAAAAAAUCUGUAAGAAAUACGUACAACCACAAAACAGCAAGUAA